AUGGGUGUUACUCGCCGUUUUGAUCUGCUUCGUCCUAUCAAUGUGCAGGAUGAUCCGGAUGCAAUCCUUGGCAGAUUUAAUUAUGCUGAGUACUAUGAUAUAACAUCGAGUAAUUCCAGUUUCGAUUUUUCCGAGAGCGAAGACGAGCUGCCUGAUAAUGUUCAGCAACGUCACGAUUCUGCUAAUAGCCCUACUUCUCGUUCGAAAAAGAAUAAAGAAAGGAGAGCAGAGAGGAAUUUCGAUUUUUCGGAGAGCGAAGACGAACUGCCUGAUAAUGUUCAGCAACGUCACGACUCCGCUAAUAGCCCUACUUCUCGUUCGAAAAAGAAUAAAGAAAGGAGAGCAGAGAGGAAGAUGCGUCGCUUCUUGGACGUCGAAAAUUCUGGUGUGAACGUGAAAAGCUCGAUGGGAGCGAGACGUCAGCGACGUCUUGAAAAUUUCCGCAUUCUUAUGAACUUUGCGGAUAAGGACGAUAUCUGUACAGAUUUCUCAGAUCUUGUUCCACAUACUGUGACAGCAUUUGAAAAACUAUUCUUGGACGAUAAAAACAUGCAGGUGUGGAAUGAUUUUGUGGAACGUGACGAAGAAGAACAACGUCGUAUUCUUGAGGAAGGCGAAAUGAAGAAAGGUGAUACUUGGUUCGUUGUAGGCGGAAAACCAGGACCCUCAUCGAAGCUA